GCAAUUAAUCUGUCUAUAAAUCAAAUCUUACCUCAUAGACCAAAAAACCCUAGUCGUACCAAAAUCUAGGGUUUACCUUGACCGGAUCUAGACACAUAAGCUACUCAGGUUCUCUCCUCUUAUUCUCUCUCCCUGUCUCUUGGUCUCCAGUAGGAAAGUUGAACACUUUCUGUCUUCUCAUCUCUUACAAGACUGUUUUUGUGUUCAAUUUUGAGUAGAUAUGGAAGUGGUUGCUGUUGGGUCAAUGAAGACGCAGAGACAGGAGACAUGGGCUUGCUCUGUCACUGAGUCUUUUCUCCUCCUCGUCGGAAAGAAUCUGGCUUGUCUUCUCCUUGUGGCAGAAUCAUUACUGAUAGGUUUGGUUGCUGUUGACCAGAGGUUGUCUGUCAAGGAGGGUUACAAAAGAGGAAGCCGUAUUGAGGAAAACAAAGAUGCUAGUGACAGUGACGAUGACGACGAUGAUGAAGACGCUGAUGAGGACGACGAUGAUGAGGAUGAUGCUAAUGAUGAAGAUUUCUCAGGGGGUGAAGGGGAUGAAGGAGAAGAAGAAGCUGAUCCAGAGGAUGAUCCUGUGACCAAUGGUGGAGGAGGAAGCGAUGAUGAAGAUGACGAUGAUGAGGAGGGUGAUAAUGAUGACGAGGAUGAGGACAAUGAAGAUGAGGAAGAAGACGAUGAUGAGGAAGAUGAUGAUGAUGUUCGCCAGCCGCCAUCGAAGAAGAGAAAAUGAUGAUGAUGAGUUCAUGAGUGUUUGUGGUUUAAAAAUGGCUUAAAGACUUGAAGAGGAUGCUCUGUGUUGGUUUAAGUAGUGUAGGAAAACUUAUCUUAUCGUCCUCUUAUUGAACUUUUAUCUUCUCUGUUGUUACUAUUUGUUGUCUUGUGUGAUUUUUCGAUGUGGAUUUUAGCUAUCUUCUAUGUUUAGAAUGUGGUCUCUUCUCUUCCUCUCUUCUACAUCUGUCUACGGAUAGAGGCAUGAAUGUUUGUUGAGCUUGGCAGUUUCUUGGUUGCCAUUGCAGUUUGUCUUGUCAUUGUUGCAGCUGUUUAGUACUUAACGUAUAGAGAUACAAUCUUGUGGUUGUACAAAAGCUCGUGCAAUAAGAGAAAUAAACCCA